AUGGCUGCGACGGCAGCCCAACCUCAAGUUCCUUUUGGUCUCGAUGCAUCACUCGGUCGAGGCCUAGACAUAGGCCAGCCAAACGCUUUCUCGCAAUACAACAAGCCCAACGACUCUACGAACCCCUUGACAUCCUCCUCUCUCGGCCAGACUUUGGCGCCUCCGCAACAGAACGUCGCGCAGCAGUGGGGCUCGCUCACUGCCUCCGGUCCUCUGUUUCCCGACGUCAAGUCUCAGCCUAGUCUCGCAGUUCAAGUUCCAGCAAAAGCCCCCCCACCAGCUGGGAGCGAUGGCCUGUCGGACACAAGCGUUUCGCCUCGCCAAGUCCAGUUCAACGACGAGCGCGAGCAAUUCGAUGCAACAUUGUCGAGCGGAGGUUCUAGAUCAACAUCAGCAUAUUCUUCGCCCGUGAAGCAUAAACGCAUCGACUCCAAGGCAUCAGGCGCGACGAGCUCCAGCUCAAGCAACAAUUCGUCAGCGGACGCUGCGGCAGCCGCAUCAGAUCGAUCUCAGAGAGCUCGCAACGCUGCGAAUCGGCGGCAUUCGCGCGCCAAGGAAAUCAAGACGGAAAAUGCCACCCAAACGCCCAAAGAUCUCGAAAGAGAGAAGAAUCGCAUAGCUGCUGCCAAAUGCCGAAGGAAGAAGAGGGCGUGGACGGACGCGCUCGACGCCGAAUACCGAUCAGCGUCAGCUGCGAAUGCGCAGAUGAGACGGGAGCAGCGUGACCUCCGCGACCAGCUUACGUUUUGGCGGAUGCUUGCUUUGCAGCAUACGAACAACGAGAGCAACGGCUGUCAAUGCGAUGCCAUUCAGCGCUACAACACGGACCAGGCAUACAGAGCAGUUAUCGAAGCACUUGCCGCAACGACUGGGGCACGAAUAGUCUGGCGUCCUGUACUCUUAGGAGCCAUCUACCGCGCGACCAACGCACCACAAGGAGCCGCUGGCUCUGCGUCCGAUGUCUUCAACCCGACAAAGAAAGCUGUGACGUCCAAGGGCUUCCGUAGGACACUCCAGCGACUCCAGAUCCCGCAUAAUGAGCCUCCUCGACAUCCGGUCAAGACUACAGCUGCUUUACGGCUACUUUAUUUUGUCUCGGAUACCGAUCGACCAAAGCUGACCCACGCACUCUUCCGCGCUUACUGGGUGGAGCGUAAGAAUGUGAUUGAGAAUUCGACAUUGGUUGAGGCCGUUCGAAGCUCUGGUAUCGCACAGGCCGACAGAGUCCUCGAAGCGCUUGCCGACGGCAGCUAUGAAGGACCGCAGCAGAGACAGGCCUUGGAGACUGCCACGGACGACGCAGUCCAGCGAGGCACGCCAGGUGUUCCAGCAUUCUGGGUCCCGCACGAGAAAUGGACCGACAGCCAAGGCCAGCAGCAGUACGGCAGACUUUACUGGGGUCAGGAUCGAAUGCAGUUCGUCGAGGCGAUCUUGAUGGCCGGAGGUGACGAGAAGAAAGUCUCAAGUAUCUCGAAGCCGCUGCGGUCCCUAGAGCCACGAUGUGCGAGAGGUCAAAUCUCCGAGGGCGAACAAGUCAAGUUGGAGUUCUGGUACGACUUCUCGUCUCCAUGGGCCUUCCUCGGAUGGACGCAGCUACAGCGUCUGCAGCGACAGUUUGGUGAUAGAUUAUCAAUCGAGAUGAAGCCAUUCCUGCUCGGCAUUCUCUUCCGAGAGUGA